AUGACCAUCGUCAUGGCCGUGGCCCAUGCCACGCCCACUCUUGGCGGCAACGACAACUCGAUAAACGCUGAUUAUGGCCAUCGAAAUGAUGAGCAGAUAAUGAUCAAGUUGAACGAAAGGUGCAUCCAAAAUGACAAUCACUCCUGCACUUUGCUCAAGACAAUUGUCUUCAUGGAUCGUCUGCUCAAGAAGUCCAACAUUGAUCUCAGCGAGAAUUUCAGAGUGUCCCGCAACAAAGAUGUGCCCGAUAUCCCAGAUGACCCCGAAGAUGAACUAUUAUUUGCACGUGCCAUGGACUCUGAUGAGGAAUCUUACGGAUUGCUUAUAGCUAACAAGCUCUGGAGAUUCGUACGCUCACGUACACUGCGCUACAAGUUCUCGGAUAACGCUGACUUCGUGAUGAGCAGCGAGCCCAAAGGCAGCGUCAACAUUGGCUUCUCCGUGCGUCCGAUUGAGGCACUGGAGGAGGGUCGUGGCAAAAUGAAGAACAUGGGUCCAGUGCUUAUGAUGAUGGCAGCCAAGACCGGCAUGGUGGGUGCCAUCUUGCUGAAAGGACUCUUUCUGCUAGCCGGCAAGGCUCUGAUUGUGUCCAAGAUUGCGCUUCUACUGGCCGUAAUCAUAUCACUGAAGAAGCUUCUCUCGCAGAAGAAGACCAUUGUGGAGGUGCCAUCGCAUCAUGACAGCUACAGCUCCGGCUGGGCGCGUGCCUUGGAUGGUUUUGUGGAGGGCUUGGCCGAAGUGCCAGCACACUUGCUGUCACAGGAUGCGCAGGACAUGGCAUAUAAUGCGCAGCAGCCCGCCAAAGUUGUGCAAUAAAAGAUUAGACU